GAAGAGAUGUUUGUGAGAUUGCCAUCGUUCAAUAGCGUUGUAGAUAGAUACCUAGAUAGGCCAUUUGGGUUCCUUCCAAUCUUGAUAUGCGUGUGACUCCCAUGAAAAGAUCGGAAUAUUCACUCGUCUCGGAAAUGAAGAUAUACUUUAUGUUUUCUCCCUUUUGCUCCUUCUCUUUCUUGUUCUGGUGUCCCUUCUUCUUCUCCUCCUUCUUCUUCUUCUUGUUCUUGUUCUUGUUCUCCCUCUUCACCCGUCUCCAACAUCAUCCACAUACAUCGUAACAAUAACAAGUACCCUUCUCUCAUUCAAACUUGAUCCGUCUUGCUCGGUGCUGGGUACAUACAUACUGAUAUUCUCCAAGCGCUCUUAGCAUCUCCACAGAUAGACCUGCCACGCCCCACCGCCUAAUCCUAUCGCAUUAGGUCUAGCGUGCACCCCCCACAGAUGACAAUAUGUACUCCGUACCCGUUGGUAGAAGAGCUUGGUCACUCACAUCUUCAAAUAUGGCUGUGGGUUUAGGAGGACGACAAGCUGCCGACGAGGAGGCACGAGCUGAAGUCGAUGUAUUGAAAAGUCGAUUGGAAAAGACGAGCCAAUUGACCAAGAAAAUUCAAGCCAGUUUAGGGAGAUUAGAUGCGACUGGAAAGGGGGUGCAAGAAGCUAUUGGGCCAAUUUAUGGGAAUACUCAAAAGCUUCAAAUUUUAGGACAGAAUAUCGAUGGAGUUAUCGCGGCAAUCGACAGAAUACGACAACCAUCAGAUAUCAAAACCAAUGAAGAGGAUAUCAUUAGGAAAGGCCCCGAAGCCGUCGGAUUGGCCGUUUUCCUCAGUUCUGUUAAGCGUGUUAAUAAAGCUCUCGCCGAUAUGAAACGAUCGAAUCUACGAUCGAAUCAACAAGCUAUGGUUGAGCUUAGCAAAUUAUCAAAGUCGGGAAAUACACAAAUGGAAUCAUAUUUUCAAGGACUUCUACAAGAAGAUUCUCAACCACUCGAACCUUUACACUAUAUCACCAAAAAUCAACCAUUUCCUCUAUUAUCUCAAGAUAAAACUACAAGAUUGGGUCUCAUUACGAAUUAUAUUGGUUCAGUUGUUAGACAAUCUGGAUUUGUUACGGAAUCGCCGGUCAUGCAAUCAUAUGCAAGUGUUAGGGGACCUUUUCUGAAGACUACGUUACAAAAUCUCGCGUCAGCAUCGAUGAAUACCGCAAAGAAGAAGACACCGGAUGCUAUGUAUCGACAAGGAACUAAUGGAAUUGGAACAUAUGCGAUGGGUAUGGAAGGCGCAUUUUUGGCGGAAUACGAUAAUAUAUGCGCUCUUUUUACUCGCGAUGAAUGGGGGAAAGUUUUCAAUUUGACUUGUCAAGGAGCCAUUGCGGAAUUAUCACGAACCCUUCGAGAAUUAAACAACCACAUCAAGUCAAAUUUAACAACGGACUGUUACCUUGCUUAUGAGAUUGUUGAGAUUGUUUCAAAUCUAUCUUCAAACCUGGAAAGUAGGACAGGGGAGUUGAAACCUUCCUUCGCAUCAGCUCUCAAACCAAUCAGAGAAACCGCCAAAGGCUCAUUAGCUGAUCUCCUGGAUGAUACUCGACGAAGAAUUAACCUCCUACAGACAUUACCUCCUGAUGCCGCCACGGUUCCAAUGACUACCGAAACCAUGAUGCGAUUACAAACUAUGGUUGAAUUCCUUCGACCAAUCUCAAGUAUUAUGAUCUCUAUCGGUGAUGGUGGUUGGAAAUCUAGCGCCACUCCUCAGGGUUCAACCGACCAAAUCCCUAGUCUUAAAUCUUUCGAUGUUAAUGCGGAUGGAAAACAAAUUUUUGCAAAUUACUGCAUCGACACAAUCGAAGCUCUUCUUACAAGCUUAGAUCAAAAAGCAAAGGCAUUACUCAAAGGUGGUAAGCCUGCUUUGGGAAUUUUCAUUGCGAAUAAUGCGACAAUUGUGAAGCGCAUGAUUGAAACGAGUGAUUUAAAUGGAUUACUAGCACCAAAAAUGGGAGAGGUAGAAAGAUGGAUCAAAACGGGCACAACUCUUUACUCAGCUGCAUGGCGUGAGCCAUCUGGUUAUCUACUGGACGUUCAAUACACAAACCGCGGUAAUGUACGCCCACAAUCUGGUUCCGGCAAUACUGGUAUCGAUAGUGCAGCGGUUGUUAAGGCACUUGGUUCCAAGGAGAAAGACCAAAUCAAGGAAAAAUUCAAGAUGUUCAAUCAAUCUUUCGAUGACUUAAUACAGAAACACAAGUCAUUAAUGAUGGAGAAAGAAGUCAGAGAAAUUUUGGCAAGACAAAUUUCAAGCUUGAUAAAACCAUUAUAUGAUCGAUUUUAUGAUAAGUAUUAUGAAAUUGAUAAAGGAAAGGGGAAGUAUGUUAAGUGGGAUAAAGCUGCUAUGAACGCUGUAUUCUCCAGUUUGGCAUGAACAUGACUUGAGUGAGGAAAGUGGAAAUUUGAUGGGAAAGAAAUGGACUACCUGUGGGUGAGACGAGAGCCUUUUCAACGCGAUUCGAUGAUCAUAUACCAAAUAUGGCGGAUAUAGCGCGAAUGAGCUCGUAAAUACUUUGGCGACGGGACAUACCUAUCAUAAAGAUGAAUCUGGAGAAGACCCUCCAAGGUAUCAUAAACGUAAAGAAACAUUUUUUCUUGUGGAGGCAGAAGAGAAAUAAGCUAUUGGGAUCAAACAGUCCGGUAGGGUGGGAAAUGUCCUUUCUGAUUUGAUACCAACUUGAGUUUGAAUUUGGGUUAACUGGGUUCUUUUUGAGCUGGGAUAAGGAGUUUUUUUUUUUUCAUGGGGAUUCGCUUGCGUGGAGUAUACAUGCAUGCAUACUGGGCUUUUGGAAUUUGGAGGAUCCACUGUGUUAUCAAUAUGCGUUGCGUAUCUUGGGAUGGUGGAUUUAGGCGAGGAAUAAAUGGGAUUUUCGACUUCUUAUUUAAGGUGAUAUAUACCUAGAUGUAUUGUAUUGUGUUAUAUUAUAUUAUUUUUUAUUAUACUA